GGGCGGUGGAAAAUAACCGGAGCUAACACUGAACGGAACGGGGAGGAGAGGCAGAGAAACCUUGGUGCUGUCCUCCUGAGAGCUCUGCUCCACAUCAGGGGAGGACCAACUAUUUAUCAUUUAUUCGUAACAGCUGUUUAUUUGUAAAGAGAGCUUUUAAUCAAAUGGUUAGCACCAUGAUGGCUACAUGCUCCUGCUACAGUUAGCAUAACAAAGCUAACUCGUUAAAUAGCCACGGAGCCGGCUGAGUGAGGAGCCGGGGAGGAGCGGAAUGGCAAGAAUUCACUCGGGUUGCCCUUCCAGAAGAGACCACGACUGACCCGACUAAACAAGUCCACAUUUGUUUCUCUCCGAGUCGCUGGUUGUUGGUGUUACUGUAAUCCCCAUCAUGGUGCAGAAGUAUCAGUCACCUGUGCGGGUGUAUAAGCACCCCUUUGAGCUGGUGAUGGCGGCGUAUGAGCGGCGCUUCCCCACCUGCCACCUCAUCCCCAUGUUUGUGGCGAGCGACAUCGUAGAUGAGGAGAAAAGCGAAGACGGUUCCACCCACAYGGUCGAGCGCCGCUGUGCCCUGGAUGUUGACGCUCCACGCCUUCUUAAAAGGAUUGCAGGCGUCGACUACAUUUACUUCAUCCAGAAAAACACUCUGAACAGAAAGGAGAGGACGCUGCAGAUCGAAUCCCACAAUGAGACCUUUUCCAACAGGAUCGUCGUCCACGAGACCUGCUGCUAUUCGGUCCACCCGGAGAACGAGGACUGGACGUGUUUUGAACAAACAGCCAGUUUGGACAUCAAGUCCUUCUUUGGCUUUGAAAGCACRGUGGAAAAGAUUGCAAUGAAGCAGUAUGCUAGUAGUAUCAAAAAGGGAAAAGAAAUCAUAGAGUUCUACCUGAAGGAGCUGGAAAAUGAGGGCAUCACCUACGUGCCCCGCUGGACUCCUUCCUCCCAUCCUCUGGUUCUGCCCGGGCCCAGCAGCCUCUCCGUCAGCCCACCCGACCUCACAAAGCACGCGAGCGCGGAGGCUGCGACCGUCUCACAGAACGCCGAACCCAAAGACGACGAUGCACAGGAUGUAAAGCAGGAGGGCGGAGCUCUGCAGGCAGACAGUCUGACAGAAAUCCUGGCUGGUACACCUGAAGACAAGCUGGAUGCAGACUACAUUAAACGUUACCUGGGUGACCUGACGCCCCUGCAGGAGAGCUGCCUGAUCAGACUUCGCAGAUGGCUUCAGGAGACACACAAGGGCAAAAUCCCCAAAGACGAACACAUCCUGCGUUUCUUGCGAGCCAGAGACUUCAACAUGGAUAAGGCGCGGGAGUUUAUGUGCCAGUCUCUCACCUGGAGGAAGCAGCACCAGGUGGACUACCUGCUGGAGACCUGGAAUCCCCCACAAGUUCUUCAGGACUUCUACACCGGAGGCUGGCACCACCACGACAGAGAUGGACGUCCUUUGUACAUCCUGAGACUGGGCCAGAUGGACACCAAAGGACUGGUGCGCGCGCUGGGAGAGGAGUCUCUGCUCAGACACGUGCUGUCCAUCAACGAGGAGGGUCUGAGGCGCUGUGAGGAGAACACCAAGGUGUUUGGGAGACCCAUCAGCUGCUGGACAUGUCUGGUGGACCUGGAGGGGCUGAACAUGCGUCACUUGUGGCGACCGGGGGUCAAAGCUCUGCUGAGGAUCAUCGAGGUGGUGGAGGCGAACUACCCCGAGACUCUGGGACGGCUGCUGAUCUUGAGAGCACCGAGAGUCUUCCCGGUCCUGUGGACACUGGUCAGCCCCUUCAUCGAUGAAAACACCCGCAAGAAGUUCUUGAUCUACGCAGGUAACGACUACCAGGGUCCUGGAGGUCUCGUGGACUACAUCAACAAGGAGAUCAUCCCUGACUUUCUAGGAGGAGAGUGUAUGUGUGAGGUACCAGAGGGCGGUCUGGUUCCCAAGUCCAUGUAUCGAACAGCAGAGGAGCUGGAGAAUGAGGACGUCCGACUGUGGACCGAGACGAUCUACCAGAGUGCCAGCAUCUUUAAGGGGGCUCCACACGAGCUCGUGAUCGAAAUAAUCGACGCCGCCUCGGUCAUCACCUGGGACUUCGACGUUUGCAAAGGUGACAUCGUCUUCAACAUCUACCACUCGAAGCGGGCCCCCCAGCCGCCACGUAAAGACCCCCUCGGAACCCACGCCAUCACCUCCCCGGGAGUCAACAACGUCCAGCUUAUCGAAAAGUCCUGGACUCUGGGUCAGGAUUACAGCAUGGUGGAGUCCCCCCUCACCUGCAAGGAGGGUGAGAGUGUGCAGGGCUCUCAUAUAACCCGGUGGCCCGGCUUCUACAUCCUGCAGUGGAGGUUCCACAACAUGCCGGCCUGCUCGGCCACCAACCUGCCCCGAGUGGACGACGUGCUGGCCACACUGCAGGUCUCCUCACACAAAUGUAAAGUCAUGUUCUACACUGAGGUGCUGGGCUCGGAGGACUUCAGAACGGCUUGCUGUGAUGUGCAGAGUUUGGGCUCGAUGACCAGCCUGGAGUCGAGCCACAGCGGCUUCUCUCAGCUCAGCGCAGCCACCACCUCCUCCAACCACUCCCAGUCCAGCUCCAUGAUCUCCAGGUAGAACCUGGGAACGGACCACCUCAGUCCCAGAAURCAUCACUCCACCGUCAUCGACCAGCCCCACCCCCCUGUGUCGUCUGUGGAAUUUACUGCACAAACUGAAGAGGAAGAGUUUUGAAACUGAGGCAAAAAAAAAAAAAAAAAAAAAAAAAAAAAAA